UACAUGGUUCUGAUUUGAUGUUUGCUAACCUAAAAUAGUCACCUUGCUAUCAUUUUGAUUAAUAUAUCAAAACAAAUAUGCAUUGCAUUAUCUCUUAAUUUAAGAAAUUAUUAAAAAUUCCAAGCUGAAAAACAUGAAUUUACUGCCUAAGACAGAAGAUAAAUUUGCUUCUAAAGAAUAUUGGGACACCUUUUUCAAAAAAAGGGGUGCCAGUGCAUUUGAAUGGUAUGGUGAAUAUACAGAACUAUCGAAACAUUUGCACAAAUAUAUCAAGAUUUCAGAAAGAAUUCUUGUUCUUGGAUGUGGAAAUUCUUCAUUAAGUAGCGAUCUUUUUGAUGUAGGCUACAGAAAUAUAAUUAGUAUUGAUAUUUCUGAAAUUGUUAUACAUCAAAUGAAAAAACUUCAUAGUCUGAUACGGCCUUCUUUAAAAUUUAUACAUAUGGAUGCAUUAAAUAUGACCUUUGAGGAGGGAGAGUUUUCCGUUGCCAUUGAUAAAGGUACUUUGGAUGCCCUAAUUCCUAAAGAAAGUGCAGAUGUUAUAGAAAAAGCUACAAAAUAUUUUAAACAAAUUGAUAAGGCUAUAAAAUUUGGUGGUAGAUAUAUUUGUAUAUCACUUUUACAAUCUCAUGUAUUGAGGACUAUUCUUGAUUAUUUUCCAAGUAAAAGUUGGAUGCUUCGAAUAAUAAGAUGCUUUGAGGCUGAAAAGAAGGCUGCAGAAAGUGGACAGAAAGUUUUUCCUGUUUUUAUUGUUAUUUGUACAAAGUUUAAGAAUCUCAAUCAAGAGAUUUUAGAGUUAAAUGUUACAACAAAUGAGUCCAUAGUAAGGUUAAAAAAUACAGAAGAAGUUNAUACACCAUACUUCAAGAAUAAUUUCUGGGUUUGGCAGCCGGAGAGCAUAAGUACGAAAAGGAUAGUGGUUCCGUAA